AUAAAUAAUACGCAUUUUGAUAAAUAAAAAAAAAUUGAAGGGGCGCGCAUCUCAAGUUUCCCCCGGGGCCCGAAUACUCUCUCCACGGCCCUGCUACGUUGACAUGAAAUUAAAUGUAUUCACGCUACUAGAGCUCCUUCUCUCAUGCUGAGUGUACGUGAGUGAAAUAUUUUUCUCGCAGUGCUCAGGUCAAGUAAUUAAAAAAGAGGAAUUAACAAGAAUUACGUGUACUUAAACAAACCCGUUGUGAAAUGCGAGAAAGCAAUAAAUUGCAAUGUUAGAGUAUGGCAAAUCUUUAUUUAAGAAGGCCCGAAAUAAUAAAACAGAAAUAAUGUGGGCAGCCACUAAAUCGUUUCUUUGGCGUAUAAUUGCACCUGAGGAUGGCAAAGCAGCAGUGCUUGGUGUAGAGUGUAAUACAAUAUGGCCAAAAGAUAAUACAGCUGUGAGACUGACUGAAUUUGGCAAGCAAAUACUACAAAAUUGCACAAAAGUGCAUAAGCCAAACGCGAGUCAAAUUGACAUUGAACGAUUUAUGGAGAAUUCAGCCGGUUUUCCUUUGGAGUUUGGCACCAACACAUGUCGUGUGAUGAGUCAACCCGUGGAACGUUAUCCAGCAAUCACGAAACAAAUCGCUUCUGCCUACCCCUUAAUACAUGAACGUGUUUUGUACUUAUAUCUAGCAUUCCUGGAAUACAAAUGCAAAUAUGGCAAUGACAUUGAACGUGAAAUUUAUACAGACAUGACAGUUACCUCAUUCGUGCAAAGAUUACUGGAGAAACGUUGUGCAUCUUUUUAUGGUUGCAUAGAUAAAUACUUACUGGUCACUGGAGAAAGGGGUUAUGGGGGAUUUUGUGAAAUCGGCACCAGUGGCGAAAAAGCGCCAAUGCAGCUAAAAGAUGUGUUGAGUUAUGAUGAAAUUAAGCUCACCGCCUUUCUAUCGGUGUCUUCACAUAGUGAAUUCAUCAAUGAUGGUAAUCGUUAUAAUGAGGGCGUUAUUGAAGUAGAUAAGUCCAAAAUUGAACAAGAAGGUGUAGUUAUUGGCCUAAUAGGGGGUCGCUUCCAGGUAGAGGAUGCUAUGGAGUGGCAAGAUAUAAUGAUUACUGCCACACAGAAUACUAAAGCAAAUGGCUAUGGCUACACGGCCCUGGAAGUAGAGCAAACAGACAGGAGCUUUGUCAACUACAGACAAUUGUGGACACAAUUUUAUGAAGAACAAGAUUUAAUCUAUGAAAAAGUUAAAGCACUGACUUCAAAACGCUUCUAUAAAAGGCCUGAUUCUAGGUACAUUUUCGACAAUUUAAUGAUGAAGAAACGCUAUGCGAUAUCUUUUGAUACACUGCUACUGGAAGCAGAAGCACGAGGUGCUGCUAUUAGCAAGCAAAUGUAUAUACACGUGGUAGGCAUAGGCUUGGGUUCAUGGAGAGCGGUGCCGCAGCAGGAAAAAAUAUUUUUACAGACUUUUGGCGAGCGCUUACAAGCGCUACUACCUCAUUUAACACACAUUUCUGUUGUGCACUUUUCAUAUUUUGUUAUGUCCGCAUGGGCAAAUCUGCAGGAUGGUGGGUUCAUUGCAUCGGAGACGCACCCGGAGAAUGGCAUUCGAAUAUUUAUGCACAAUCGCAAUCCCUCACAGAAACUGGCACCUGAAUUUGAAAAUAUGAUGAUAGUGGAGUCAUAUGCCUGGGCUGGUAACGCUUUGCCCGGGAACGAUUUUUGGCUUGGCGCUCUUUCCUCUUCCGGUGAUCCUGCCGCCGCUUGCAGCACGCUGAUCUCUGAGUUGCACAAUCCGCACAUCAACACUGAAAUGGUUAACGGUGAAAAUUUACAUAUCGCUUCGAAUCGCUAUGGCGUUUUGCAUAUAGCAGAAUAUUCAAAGAAAAUUUUAGAACAGUAAAUAGUACAAAUAUUUUUAAUAAAAUUACUUACAUAUUUCAAACACACAA